ACUUGCUACCGUUUAGUUCUUCGCUAGAAGUAAUAGUGUACUGUAGUUAAUUCGGUAGCGCUGACUACAGUGCGGUGUGUCUUUAUCACCAUAUUACAAAGUUUCAAACUUAACCAAAUGGUAAAUAUGUACAUAGAACGUAAUUAAUAUUGUUAACACCAAUGGGGAACUUAUUAAACUAGUUUUUAUCGUAACGAAUAAGUACUCGUCAAGAUGGAAACGGAUGAAAAUAUUGCUCACAACGGCGACGUAUUUCUUCACCGCUUGAAGCAAUUAACUGAUGACGAUAUGAAACUGCUAGAAUCUCAAAAUACGCGUAUUAUCCAUGAAGCUAAAGCAGCGAAACUCGACAGAGAGGCUAAGAGACACUGGGAUAUAUUUUAUAAAAGAAAUGAAACAAAGUUCUUUCGCGACCGCCAUUGGACAACACGUGAGUUUCAAGAAUUGAUAAAUUUUGACUCUGAGCAACAAGUCGUAUUUCUUGAACUGGGAUGUGGAGUAGGAAACAUGAUAUUUCCAUUAUUAGAGGAAGGUUUCUCCAAUUUUUAUUUCUACGCAUGUGACUUUUCACCACGUGCCAUCGAUUUUGUUAAGUCAAAUAAAUUGUAUAACGAAUGUCGUGUUAAAGCUUUCUGUGCAGAUCUCACCACAGAUGAUCUUUUCGAGAAUGUUACUAAGAAUGUGGCAGAUAUAGCUAGUUUAAUAUUUGUGUUAUCUGCAAUUAAUCCAAACAUGUGGGCGCACGUGGCUAGCGUUGCAUAUAAAGCCUUGAAGCCUGGUGGGGUUCUAUUAUUCAGAGAUUAUGGAAGAUACGAUAUGGCACAAUUAAGGUUUAAACCUGGUCAUAAAAUAUCUGAGAAUUUCUACAUGCGACAAGAUGGUACUCGAUCAUAUUAUUUUACUGAAGAAGAAUUGGCCAAUCUUUUCACCCAAGCUGGAUUUGAAAUUCUUUCAAAUACCUAUGUGCAGCGGAGAACUGUCAAUUUCAAAGAAGGCAUUAAUGUCCCAAGAAUUUUUGUACAGGGAAAGUACAAGAAGCCUGAAUCUAAAGAAGCUAGCUAGCUAGCUAGCUAUUUGAGUGAUAGUUUAACUCUGGGUCAAUUUGUCAGCUUAGAAUUAUAUUGGGAAUAAUAAGCUUGUUAUUGGUUAUCUUAGAACUAACAUGCCUUAAUGCCAUAAUUACCAUCAGCAGCCCCAGAAAUUAGAGCAAAGAUUUGAAGUAAUUCUGCCAGUAUUGUUAUUUAAGAAUUCUAUGGAUAAGUUCAAUGGCGGUGACU